ACACACACACACCCCUCACACACACACACACCCCGGUCGUCGGGGCGCGGCCGCACCAUGUCGGCCGUCGCCUACGUGGACUUCGUGGCGGCGCAGUGCCUGGUUUCGAUCUCUAACCGCUCGGCCGUGCCCGAGGCAGCGCGGCUGAAGGUACCGGGCGAGGGGGAGGCGGCCCGGGAGCUGCGCGACCCCCGCGAUGCUUGGAAGGACUAUUGCGCCCUGCUAGCCAUCGCCAAGAGCCUGCUGGAACUGAACAAGUACCGGCCGCUGCCCGCCCCCUCCGUCUGCAGCGACAGCGUGGAGAGCCCCGACGAGGACGCUGGCUCCGACAGCGACGCGGCCACGGAGCCGGGCUCCAGCCCUCCCCGCAGCCCGCCGCCGGGGCCGUCCCCCCGCCUGCGCGCCGCCGGGGCCGCCCCCAAGGGGAAGCUGGCCGCCGAGAAGCGACACAAGUGCCCCUACAGUGGCUGCGGCAAGGUCUACGGCAAGUCCUCCCAUCUCAAGGCGCACUACCGCGUGCACACAGGUGAGCGACCGUUCCCCUGCACGUGGCCUGACUGCCUUAAGAAGUUCUCUCGCUCGGACGAGCUCACCCGGCACUACCGAACCCACACCGGUGAGAAGCAGUUUCGAUGCCCCCUUUGCGAGAAGCGGUUCAUGCGGAGCGACCACCUGACAAAGCACGCCCGCCGCCACACCGAGUUCCACCCCAGCAUGAUCAAGCGAUCCAAAAAGUCCAGCUCCAGUAGCUCCUUGUGAAGGCAGGGCCAGCCCGGGGAUGGGAGCAGAGUGGAGGACGCAGGCAGUGGCAUCAGAGCAUGAGCAUCCGCUGCGGCGCCGGUCGCCCUUGCCAUCUGAAAGCAUAUGUUGCUGACAUUCAAAAAGUACUCCGUGCCCCUCGCCCCGUCCUCCAUCUCCCCACCCUGCGCUGGGAACAGCGAUCUGGAGCAAGUGGACUGCAGGGUGAGAGGAGGGAAGGGAUGGCCAGCGGAGGAGGUGACCCAUCUCCUCAAUGUAAACGCUGAUGCUGGUGUAUAUAUGUCUGACUGGAUGGUCUGGCCUGUGCCCCUGCAGUAGUGAGACCCCAAAGUCUUUGUGAUUGCUGUGUCAUGAACAUGUUUUGUUGAACAGUGUAAUGCUGCUUGUAUUUAGAGUUUGUUGAGUAAAAACACUUUCCGAGUCACAUAAAUAACUCAGAUAAAAGCUCCAUAGCACAUUGUAGAAGUGGGUUUACUUCUGUCUCAGAAUGAUCCUGCAUUUUAAGAGACUGUUAAGAAAAAACGUUACAUAUGUUACUAAUAGCAUCUGAGAUGAUAAGAUGAAUUUAUACUCAAGAAGGCCCAUUAAAGUAAAUGGGUCUUUUUAAUUUUUCUUUGUAUUAACUAUACUUUUGAAUAUGAGCUGCACUUUUCCAGUAAAGACAUCAAGAAGAUACUUAAAGCAGAACCCUCCCCCCCACAACAGUUCAGUCAUUUUCUGACCAUGUGUGUAUUUAGUUCUGCUAUUCAUUUAUCUGGAAGAAGACAAGUCAGCCGAGAUAUGUGGCAGGGGUAUGGGAGCAGAAGCACGUCUCUCCUUUGAUCCUAUACUUCUAAUUUGUCAAUAAAUACAGUACUGUACUAUA